AUCGCAUCGGCAGAAGUUCAGAAACCAACGUAGAAAUCGAUCGAAGCAAACGAAAAGCACAAACCAUAGUAUAGCACGAUGAAAUUCGGAAAAGUUUCACAGACCAUCAAGGCGAAUAUCUCCGGAGUCGGUGGUUCUGGCCACAAAUUGAACGACGGAGGUAACAGGGACGCGGUUCAGAACGACCAACCACGCGAAGCAAUCGUGGUAGGCCCGCUCCAGUCCGAGGGAAACCACGCAUUCAUCUCUGUGCGCAGCCCCUGGGAGUGGGUGAUGGAUGGCGUGUGUACCCAGAAUGGCGCCGGACUCGUUGCCAUCACCCGCGUCGGCGCCUCCGGAGACCUCCCGUCUGGAAAGCUCGCGUCGAUAGCAGCGGUAGCUGUCGCCAGUCACCCAAGACAAUCCAGCACCAGCCGCCGGAGACAGCAGAGGGGCAUCAAUACGGCCGCGACGGACGCCAACUGCACACUGCGGGUCGAGAUCGUAUCGAACAGGAGCACGGGCCACAACAGUAACCACGCCCGACCCUGGAGCCUCGAGGUCUUUCACUGUACUUCACAGGCUUUCGACGGUCUAGAUGACAAAGAUGAGCUGGCACGCACCCUGAAACGGUGCAGAUGCGAAGACAUGAACAUAUCGCCGCCCUCUCAGCUAAUAAAUUGGGAUGUGACCAAGGUGUGUGGUUUUCUCGGAAUAAUUUGGAGUGCAUCGCCUUUCUUCGUAGUAUUUGGAUAUUGAUGUAAAUACUUUCUACCCAGGCGUAAUCCGACAAGAGCUAACCCUUUUUCAAAUUUGUGUUUUGAAACUGUUGAAUCUGUGGCAUUUUCGACGUUCUCUUGUCCGGAAUAUGUGUCACACAGGAAGAAUGCCGCAACGUCGUCGGAAACUCGCUGCCGCACCUGUCGAAAGAGAGCAACGGUGACUCGUCCACUGCAAUUGCGGUGCUGAAAGAGCCGAUGGGCAGCCGGGGCACCGGUGUCUUCUUUGUCCGCGAUGCGGACGAAAUCCACAGCAUCAUCGAACAACACCGCCAGCGCGCGGUAUCGGAGAGUGGAUUCCUGGACAAUCUGAUCGCCCAGAAGGGACGCAUCCCGAGCUGGGUGCUCCAGGCGGAGGUCAAACCAUGCCUUCUCAUUCGUGACCGUCGCAAGUUUCACAUCCGAACCUAUGUCGUUUGUGUCGAAACCAAUGUCAUGCUCGACGAGCCCCUUGACGGCGAGGAGGAGGAAGACCUCGUGAAACUCUUUCUCUACAACCGACACGAAAUCCGGAUCGCCAGUGAACCCAUGCCGUCGUCUCCUUGCGACGCAGCCGGAUCCAGCGAGCGGAGCCGGGGGGCGCACAUUACGGAAACCUUCGACCGGGGGCUCCUCCAGGACGAGCCGGAGCUCGUUGCGCGGAACCUCCACCACAAGGUGGAGAACUUCGUGGCAAAUGCCAUGGAAGCCCUGUACCCCGACAUGGAACGGCGGGUCGCGAGGAGCGCCUCGGCGCUGGACGGAGAGAACGAAGCAAGUCGCGGGUGCAUGGUCCUUCCCCACAAGUUCGCCAUUGCCGGCCUCGAUUUGCUGGUCACCGAGCAGGAACGAAUCUAUCUUCUGGAAGCGAACAUCAACCCGGCCGCUCCCCCGCCCGAAACGGUCACGGAAGAAUUCCAGAGCCACCUGAUUGGGUUCUUCCGAGACACUAUGGAGCUUGUGACGUCGGGAAGCAAAACCAGCGACCGAAACAACUUUUUUUCCACAAAAUCUAUUCUACGACGAUAACGAAUGCAACUUAGCUACCGAGGACCGAUCAACUUUUGUAACAAAUUAAAAUUAAAACC